GUACCUCGAUCGGCUUUUCAAUAAAUAAUCAAUCUCAAACUGAUUCUCAACAUUCCUCAUCCAAACAAGUCACAAUUUCAGUUUCCAAAAGAAAUCUUAAGCUCCUCAUUCUCAAUCAAAUUCCUUCUAGAAGUCUUCCAAACCAUCGCGAAUUACCAUUUUUGAUUAAUUUUUAAAUUAAUCUUAUUCACAAUUAUAAAAUCAUCAAAAACCCGUACAACUUUUUAAACCUUGGUCAAAUCACACAACAUGGCUUUCGCUCGUAUCUCUCAUUCAGCGCUUUUCACUCUCGUCAUGAUUGGUUGUCUAGCUACCAUCAUCACAAGUGGAAUCCUUGUAGGAGAAUACAACGUUGAGCAUGAAAUGCCACCUACCGAAGGUAUUGAAACCAGAACAAGAUACCUUUUAUUUUGUGGAAUUUGGACCUUUCUCCUCUCCCUAGUAUCGAUCCUAGGUUUAAGCUCCUCACCCGAUCAUUUACUCUUUAGUAUCGCUGGUCACUUGGUUUGGCUAUUAGUCACCUUAGUCCUUUUCGUCUCUGGUGCUGCAGCUCUAACUGCUGUGAUCCGUGGUGAACAUUACAACCAUCAAACAAGGCUUGAAAUUCUUGCCGGUUUCGCUUGGGCCGAUUCCAUUUUGAUCUUCUUAGCUAUCUUGUUAAUCCUAUCUGUAGGUCUAGGUAGACGAAAUGGUUUAGGUGGAAGUCUUUUAGCCAGUCCUAGUGCUGCUUAAAGAUUAAAUAAAAUAAAAUAAAUUCAAGACUGGAAAUAAUUUCUCCUAAUUUCAACCUUUCUGAUUAUUCUUAACAUGAUUCAUCACAUAUCUUAACCUGUUUCUCUUUUCACUCCAUUUUGGAUUUCAUGUCUUCUCAUCUUAUUUUUAUCUCAUUUUUUCUACAUAUUCUUCAACUUGAUUUUCAACCUCGUUAUUUUUCUGCCUAUUUAUUCUUCCUUCAUUCGUAUGUCUUGUAAAGUCUUGGCCAUUGGAUAUGGAGAUGAAAAACUUGCAAACCAAGCGACAAUAAUCUUAUGUGUUUGAUCGACAUCAC